UUAAUUGUCUAAAUUUUGACUGUGACGUUUAAAUACAACUGUUUUGUUUUUGUGAGUCAGUUAUUGUGCAAGUUAUAGUUUUUCAAGAAAACCCAAUUAGAAUUUCUCGAUUCCAUUAUAAUUUUCAUUAGGUCGUUUCAGGCGAACAAAAUGACGUUCAAUUCACCAAUGCCAAACCCCGACUUUUUAAGAGGUGUUUUUAGGAAGAUUGAUCGGGACAAUAGUGGCUCUAUCAAUGCCGACGAACUGCAACAUGCCCUAUCUAAUGGGACAUGGCAACCUUUCAAUCCGGAGACUGUAAGACUUAUGAUGGGAAUGUUUGAUCGCAGUAACAGAGGUCAAAUAUCGUUUGAAGAUUUCGGCGCGCUUUGGAAGUAUGUGUCGGACUGGCAAGCUUGCUUCCAUUCCUUUGAUCUCGAUAAUUCCGGGAAUAUAGAUCGUCAAGAAUUCAAGCUCGCGUUACACAAUUUUGGAUAUAGAAUUUCAGACACCUUAAUUAAUUUAAUGGUUAAGAAAUUUGAUAGAUACGGAAAUGGGACCAUUUUGUUUGAUGACUUUAUCCAAGCCUGUGUUGUUCUGCAUACCUUGACAUCGGCGUUUAGAAUGUACGAUACAGAUCAAGAUGGCAUUAUCACUAUCCACUAUGAGCAGUUUUUGAGUAUGGUGUUUAGCUUAAAAAUUUAAGCUACUAUCAACUUGAAUUCUAUACGACUGGUACAGUACAGAUUUAUUGUUAUUCGCUAUGUCUACCUCUAUAAGCUAUAAUAAGAAAAUCCAUAUUUUUAUAUCCUCUUUUCAAACUGCAAAUGUUUCAAGAAGUUAGCUAUUUGUUGAAUUUUCAAUAUUUUAUUAAAAGCUGAGUGUGUGAGCCUUGUCCAGUUGCACUUUUCUUAUGUAACAUUGGCUGUAAUUCAACCGAAUCGAGGACUAUGUAUUUAAGUAUGUUUAUAAUGGUAUUCUUAUUGAAUAUCAAUUAGUGUUAGUUUGUAUAUAUUUAUUUUAUUAUCCAACUUUUAAAGGCUGCACCGACCCAAAAUGACCUGUUUGAAGCAUCAGCUAUCAAAAAGUAUAUCAGUUUGAUGGUUGUCGCUUCGAAUAUAUUCAAAAGCAAAGUGCUUUAAUGUUGUUUUGUUAGCAGAGAAGUCUAAUAAUCUAAUAUUAGUCGAUAAAUCUGACUGAUUCUAGUAGUAAUUUUGGUUGCUAAGCCUUUUAGUUUUCAUUGGAUUUUAAAAUUUAGAAACAGUAAACUUUUACUUCCUUUUAUUUUUUUUGGUGUUUGUCUUUGAUGUUGAUUUAAUACAUUUUUUGUAAAAAUUGAUAUAUGUAUAUAUGUUUGUUAAGCGUUAUUUGCCGUUGAACACACUGCAUUUAUAAACAGAUAUAAUUAAAGCAUAAAUGUUUCGCAAAUGCCACAUUAAUGUAACUCCCACCAUGUAUUAAAAAUAAAUUGCAGAUUUCAAAAACGA